GUGGACGAUAACGAUGUUUGUACAUGUAUAUUUUUAGUUUAUACUGUACCAUUGUUUCAUUUUCGCAUUGUCAGAAACCGGUAAAUAAUGGACAGACUUCUUCGUCUUGGAGGUGGUAUGCAUGGCCUAGGACAGGGUGCACCACCAUCAGAUGCCCCCGCGGUGGACACAGCGGAACAAGUCUACAUCUCUUCUCUUGCCUUGCUGAAGAUGUUGAAGCACGGUAGAGCGGGUGUUCCCAUGGAGGUGAUGGGGCUGAUGUUGGGUGAGUUCGUGGAUGACUACACGGUCAGAGUUAUAGACGUGUUUGCCAUGCCCCAGUCUGGUACGGGAGUAAGUGUCGAGGCAGUAGAUCCAGUGUUCCAGGCGAAAAUGUUGGACAUGCUCAAACAGACGGGCAGGCCGGAGAUGGUGGUGGGCUGGUAUCACUCCCACCCGGGGUUCGGUUGCUGGCUGUCAGGGGUGGACAUCAACACACAGCAGAGCUUUGAGGCCCUGUCAGAGAGGGCGGUGGCUGUUGUAGUGGACCCUAUACAGAGUGUGAAAGGAAAGGUAGUGAUUGAUGCGUUCCGGUUGAUCAAUCCCAACAUGAUGAUGCUGGGGCAGGAGCCAAGGCAGACCACGUCCAACCUGGGACAUCUACAGAAACCCUCCAUACAGGCCUUGAUUCAUGGUCUAAAUCGCCACUACUACUCCAUCGCCAUCAACUACAGGAAGAAUGAGCUGGAGCAAAAGAUGCUUCUGAAUCUCCACAAGAAGAGCUGGGCAGACGGACUCACCCUACAGGACUAUAGGUCACACUGCACUAACAACGAGACGGUCGUCAAGGAGAUGUUAGAACUGGCCAGGAAUUAUCAUAAGGCCCUGGAAGAGGAAGAGACUAUGACCCCAGAACAGCUGGCAAUCAAGAACGUCGGCAAACAGGAUCCAAAGCGCCAUUUAGAGGAGCACGUGGAUGUCCUGAUGACUGAAAAUAUCACCCAGUGUCUGGGGGCCAUGCUGCAUACUGUCGUGUUCAAGUGAUCGGAUGUUAUCUCAAACUUUUGGGGCAAUUUAGUUUAACCCUUUACCACUUGGGGCAAUUUAGUUUAACCCUUUACCACUUGGGGCAAUUUAGUUUAACCCUUUACCACUUGGGGCAAUAUAGUUUAACCCUUUACCACUUGGGGCAAUAUAGUUUAACCCUUUACCACUUGGGGCAAUUUAGUUUAACCCUUUACCACUUGGGGCAAUUUAGUUUAACCCUUUACCACUUAGGGCAAUUUAGUUUAACCCUUUACCACUUAAAGAUACAUAUUUUGACGCAUUUGUAGUCUCUUAGAAAGUUAAAUUGAAUUUAAGACCUUUCUUACUAGAUUCAAGCUUUAAAGGCUUCAUUUCCGUCCAUUAGAUACUGAUGAGCAGCAAACAACAUAAAACCUGAACAGACUGCGAGUUACUCGCAGGCUGUUCUGGUUUUAUGCUGGUUGCAAAAGCCAAUAUCACUUUGCUUCUGAGUGGGAAAAGGUUAAUUACGUCGCAUAGAUCACAUGAAGGGACUUGAUAUUUGUGAACAUUAUUCGUACAUCUACUGUUUAUUUUUUCUUGACAAUGUACUGGAAGCAAACACCAUUCAGCUGUGUGGCGCUGCUAAGUGUUUUUAGUUAUGUUUUUCAAGUGGAAAUGCAAUGCUUAUUAUGUGAUAGAAACUUGCACUACAGUAAAUAAACUUUCCAAGUUUAAAAUCUACAUUUAUUGUGUGAUUAAAAUAUGUGCGUCAUUGAAAUUGGUGCAUUUGAAGAUAUUUUUGUUUGCAGAUCUAUCUUGCAGUGGCUGUGUUCUGAGCUAUAUGUUUUUAGAGUUGUUUGAACUAUGAAGUGCUUCAACUAUGAAAUGAGAACUCCUGUCUUGCAAAUCCUAUUAUUAACUUCUAAUAAAACACUGCUGUUAAGUUAGUUCAAUAAAAUUAAUUGAUCAUUUUCUUACUAUUACUAAAUUCACAUUUUCUUGGUUCUUUAAUCCACAAUAUGAGAUAGGGAAUUGGAGCUUGAUUUUCCAGUGUAUAGCAUUCACACAAUUAUAUGUAUACUAGGCGUUCAUAAAUUCCAGUUAAUGUAUGUAUACUAUAUGUUAGAAAUGCAUUUGAAUGCAAUAAAAUUAUCUUAAAUGA